GGGCGCUCGGCCCUCCUUCCCCAGGAGUGUGGGUGCCCGCCGGAGGCCAGUCGUCGCCGCCUGGGACCCUGGCCCAGCUACGCGAGCCGCUCGGGACGUGCGGCGGUGCAGAGUGAGGUUCCUGAAGGCUUCAAAGGAAACCUAAAAAGGGAGGCUCAAUGGCCCUGGGUGAAGAUGAGGCUGACGCAGAAGUAUCUGUCAACACAAAGGUCCCAUCCUGUGGCAGAUGGAACUCUGGGAAACUGCUGUCCCCAGAACUUGAACCAGAGCAGCCCCUACAUCUGGAGGUAGAGGUAGAGGUAGAGCCACUGUGGAAGGCUGAGGCUGACCCUGGCUGCAUCUCUGGAGUUUUCUUGUCACAGGCCCACACUGCCAUCAUAGAACCAGUAGCAGAUAGGUCUAAGCCUCCCCACAGUGGCCCACUUCCUUCUGCCAGUGUGGGCACUGGAGAGCUUUUAAGCCAAAUGGAGGAAAACAGGCUUCCUGCCUCCCAGGACCUACUUCCCACUGUUAAAGUCCUUGGAACUAUAACUGUUUGCUCAGGGCACAAGGCCAACAGUGAAGACUUCCAGUCCGCAGUUGAUCCAUGUGAGGUGUUGGGCCUCAGCCAGCAGCCGCCCAUCUCGGGCUCCCCUCUCCUGUCACAGUGGAAGUCCACCGUGAGCCCAGGGGCUCCUCAGCUCUCCAGCAGAAGCCUCUCUGCCUCCUCGGUGGGCAGCAGUCUCCAGGAUCACCAAGAGAAGGCAGAGCCUCAGGGUGGCUCCUUUGCCAAUGUCUCCUCUCAGGAGUUGACUGUACCCCAGGCAGCCCACUCUGUGGUGGGGUCAGGGCCUCAGCUCCAGUGGUCAACACAGCCUGUGGCCUCUAGCCGUGAUGCUACAGGCCUGGGUAGAAGACACCUCUCCUUUCAGGCAGAAUACUGGGCCUGUGUGCUGCCAAAUUCUCUGCCUCCUUCCCCUAACCGCCACUCCCCACUCUGGAACCCAAAUAAAGAGUAUGAAGAUCUGCUUGACUACACUUACCCACUGAGGCCAGGGCCUCAGCUCCCAAAGCAACUGGAAAGUCAUGUGCUGGCUGAUCCUGUCAUGCAGGACUCAGGUGUAGAUCUGGAUAGUUUCUCUGUCUCCCCAGCAAGUACUCUCAAGUCGCCCACUAAUGUCUCCCACAAUUGCUCAUCAGCGGAAGUGCCUACUCUGCCAUAUUCUGGAGCCAGAGAGCCAUGUCUUAAGCGCUGGUCCUUGGGAGUAUCCCAGAAACGGGGUGGCACAAGCUUGGUAUCCUGGAACCAGCUUGCAUCGACCCCUAGAGCCCCAGGCACUGAAGAUGCUUCUUGGGAGACCAGAGAGGCAGCCCUGAGGGGCACAGCAGAGGACUGUCUCCCUAUAGGCAAGAACCUCAGUGUGGGCUCUCCCCAACUGAAGACAAAGGAGAAAGAGCCUCCCUUUCCCAGACUAGAGAGGGAGGAGAAAGGCAAACAAAAUGUUGGCUGCCCAGCCUGUGUGAAGCCUGGAUGGCCAUCAGAAGAGGAGGUGGGAAGUGAUGAGGAGUACCUCGCUCUGCCCACGAGGCUGACUCAGGUCUCUAGUUUGGUGUCCUACUCAGGUGCCAGGCCUACCUUUGUGAACCUACCCACUGGGGCUGCUGAGGAACACAGUUCACUGCAUGUCUCAGACAGUGAUGAGCCAGCUUUCCCCACAUUGGACUCCAGCCAAAGGCAGCAUCCUUCUGGUACUACCUUUCAAGGGCCUGUGGGCCAGAACCCCUGCUUCAGGCAUUCUAUGCAGCCCCAGGACUCUAGAGGCAAAAGUAGUCUGAUGAGCAGCCAGACCCUGGGGGUCUCUUCAAAACAACUGAAAACCCACCCCUCCUCAAAAGCUAUGUCGGACCGGAGGCUGUUCUCAGAGCCAGUGGCUGGAGAGAAGCUUCCUAGGAAAACAGAAGAGCCGGAGAAAGCUUCUCUAGUACAGUGUGUGCAGACAUUUUGCUGUCAGCUGGAAGAGCUGAUCUGCUGGUUGUAUAAUGUCACAGAUGUUGCUGACCUCAGUGUUCCACCCAGGGCCAGCCUUACAGGUCUCAAGUCUUCUCUGCAGCUUUACCGGCAAUUUAAGAAAGAUGUAGACGAGCAUCAGUCCCUGACGGAGAGCGUCUUGGAGAAGGGGGAGACUCUGCUUCAGUGCUUGCUGGAGAACACCCCAGUUUUAAAGGAUGUCCUUGGGAGGAUCGCAAAGCAGUCUGGUGAGCUGGAGAGCCGUGCAGAUCAUCUUUAUGACUCUAUCUUAGCCUCUCUGGACAUGUUGGCUGGCUGCACCCUCAUCCCUGACAACAGGCCAACAGCAACAGAACACCACCUGCAUGAAGGGCUUUAGCUAAGCAGAGGUGGAACCAUCAGCGAAGAUGGCAGUUUGGGAAGAAAGCUCAAGAACUCCUUGUAAGGGCCAUGUAACAGUUAAGGCAGGGGAAAAAAAAUCAACUUUAACAGACUUUAAGAUACCUUUCUCACCUCUGAUGGGUUCUUGAGUUACUGUUUUCAUUUACCAUGAAUCCCUCCAAACUAAGGCCUUUUCUUUUGGUGCUUUUCUACCAAAAAUAUGUGGCUUUAUAAUUAUUUGAUAAAAUACUAAGACUUGUGGGUCUCAUGUACCCCCUUCUGUUUAAAAACCAGCAGAUACAAUGUGUUGCGGCCAUUUACAGAAAACUGCUGGGGAAAGAAGGUUCCAAGUACUUGGGGUUCUCAGGCAUACAGGGGGGAUGGGAUCUAAGAGAGGGAAAAUGUUAGUGGCCAAAGCUGUGGAGUGUGACGUCAGCCCUUAGUCCACAGUAAGUGAGGAGGACUAUACAGCAUCCUUUGGCAGCAUUCUAACAGUGCCACCUGUAGUAGUUAGUCUCCACUUCAGCCAUAUCGAGAAUGCCUCAGGAGUUGGCCUGCUUCUGAACUGCAAGCUUUUGCUUACCUCUGGGGCACUCAAUCUGCUACCUCUUUCCCUUGGAAGACUAGUCAAGGAAGGGAAUGGGUGGAAAUAGCCACAAGUCUGAUCUCUACAUAAAUUAAAGCAGCCACUGGUGAUGAAAGGGGGUGGGGAGUCUUUGUGGUUUGGGAGUCACCUUGUUAGGAAGAAGAAAAUUCUAUGGACCUAUCUAUCUAGGUCCGUAUCUAUCUAUCAGUUGUUCAGAGCAUCAGUUACAGCUUUUGAAGCAAAGUAUUUGUAUGCUGGCUACCACAUAUUCCACAAAGUAUCAAAGGUGGGCUUCUCAGCUUUAAAAAAAAAUUGCUAUUUAGAUAAGCAUGUACAUGACUUUAAUCCUAGCACUUGAGAGUAGCUCUUUGAGUUUGAGGCCAGCCAGGUUUGUUAAUUAGAGUCCAAGCUAGCCAGAGCUUUAUAAAGAAAAAAAGAUUAGCUAUUCAGUAAGUAUAUAUAAAAUACAGUAUUUUCACAUGUCUGCUGCUACACAGUAUGACUUACUGUAAUGUUUAUGGGCAUGAUCCAAAUUAAAGAUUUUUGUUGUUACUGGUUUGUUUUUGGCUCUUUAAGACAAGGUUUCUUCAUGUAAGAGAACUCUGGCUGUACUAGGACUCCCUCUGUAGACCAGGCUGGCCUCAAAGUCACAGAGAUCCACCUGCCUCUGACUCCCAAGUUUUGGGAUUAAAGUCAUGCACCACCACUGCCCAGCUCAAAUUAGUUUUAUUCUGCCAUUUCUUAAGUUAAGCUUAUUUCUUAUACUAUACAUGAUGCAAAAAGUUCUUUCAAAAAGGCAAAAAAAAAUUUCUAGCAAAUAAUUAAGUUAAAUGUAAAACACCCUAUAAAACCUAGAAUUGGUCAAAAGCACAUCUUACUUCUUUGAUGUUUAAACUGCCUUCCCACCAAUAUGUUAGGAGCCCUCAGGUAUUAAACCCAUCUGACAAGCAUGAAAGCUAGGGGAGACUCUUAGAGAGCUAGCCAGCUGCACCAACUAAAUGCAAACUGGGGCACUCCUCUUCAUUUACUGUGUAGUUACAAUCGAUUCAACUGACAGGGAACAUGGUUUCCCAACAGAGUACUUGCCUGAACAUGGUCUAUGCUUUUGCUCAUCCUCUUUGUAACAAAAAGAUAGACUUUUUUGUAACUAAAGGGUAUAACUCUAACCUUGGCUGUGAAUGCCAUUUAGGAAUAUAAACACAAAUGUUAAUUACAUCUUCUGGUGUGUGUUAUAUUUGAGCUAAAUUUGUCUCAGCCUUGGAUGUCACUGCCAUUUCCAUGUGCAAAUGUGGCCAGGAUAGACUCAAAUAGCCUUUUAGAAAAUUUAUAAAUGGGUCGCUUAAAGUUCAUUGAAUUCACAGUAAAGUAGCAUCUCGAGACAGGUCUACAGCUAAGCUCUAGCACAAAACAAGAGAAUUCAAACACGGGCUGUUUUGAAACUUAGGUGGAACCCAAAGGAGACAUAGUGGUACAAGGUAUGGCCAAAUAUGUGCUGAGGGGACUUUAUCCAAAUGAGCACAGGAGUUAGGGUGCGCCAGGGCCUCUGAGAGAAUGCGCUUCGUUAUGCAAGUUACCUCUUAAAACAUACCAAGGGAGUCUUCUAUUAUGUGAACAAAUUAGAGUCUUGAAAUGUCUAUACUUGAAAAAUGGGUUAUUUCCCCCUCCAAAACAGCAAUUAUCAGCACAUACGUAAAAGCAAAUAGUGAAGCAUGCUGAAAUGGUCUAGUAAGCCCUAAUCUUGCUGCCAGUGGGGAAAGAGCACUAGAAUUUUACUUUACAAAGUCUGUAAAUAUGUUUAUAUUAAAAAUAAAUUCAAGUAAUGUUUUCUGCUAACAGAAUAAGCUGAGAGUUUGAACAACUUUUGCUGUGUAAAAUUAAAAUGCCUGGCAUCAUUUCAUCUUAUAUUGGUUUUGUAUCAUUUAGUUAUUACAGAAAACAGUUUAUGAACUCUUUCUCCCUUUGUAUCGACAUGAAAAAAAAACUCAACAGAUACAAUAAAAAAAAGAUAUUGACCCAAUUACUGGUGACUUGAGGAAUUUCCGGUUACCUUUUAUAUAUACAUAAGGAUGAAUAGACCCAACAAGCGCAUCUAUAAUACAAAGUAAACUAUGAUUUUAUUGUGAAAUUCUCAUAGAUGGAAAAUUAAAUUGAAUAUUUAUUCUGUCCAUUUUUCAUUUUACAAUAAUCUUACCACUUAUUUUUGUACCAUGUAUUUCAAUUGUCUGUUUAGUGAAAAAUAAACCUGUAAUUUUUGGCUUAUUUUUAGUUUAAUAUUUUAUCAUUAAAGACCCCAUAAUAAAAUGUGUUGUCAACAGCCACACCCUAAGCCCCCAAUUGAAGAAUGCUUGGCUGCUGCUUAAACCAAAGGAAACAAUCUCGGACCUUUGUCACCUUAAAAUGCUAAUGUCUGCAAGAGACUUUGUUUCCCACAGUAAGACAAAAGCAAAGUCUAGGAUCUCAAAGGUCCUAGUUAACAAAACUUUCACACAUGCAAAAUUUCACUGAAAUAAAUAUAUUAUUUCUCCCAUCA